CUCAACUUCCUGCACUGGCUUGAGACCUCCAUGUGCCUCUCGUGAAGCGACCUGUCUGCUCACAUCAGAUCCGCCACUGAGCAAUAAAUGACGCUCAAGAUACUUGUGCUCAUACGCUGUCACUUGGUGAACUCUCUCAUCCGUAGACUCUGAGCAUCAUCCUGAAUGGUAUUGGGGCUUUUUGUCACGAUGCUUCCGGUCAUUCAGACUCAGUACGGUCCAGAUAGACAAGCCCAGUGCUGUCAGGAGUUGCGUACGGCAGGAAUGCGAAACCGAGUGUAUUGCUACUGUCUUGGGAAGUAUGAGACAAAGAAAGUGAUGCUUUCUUGCCGCUUCCGGUCGGCCUCAAUGCCACCUCUACAGUUACCGCACCUUUGCACUUUGCAUCUUCGGGUGAAUCUUAGUCAACAUGGACACCAUCACGCCGCUCUUGUAGCGGGCCUUGAGCUGCUCAUUGCGCACACAACCGCCGCUUGCCUUACCGUCCUCGUCCUAGUCAUUGGACGAUACUGCACGCCAGCUCUGAGAGCAUACAUCGCCGCAUUCACAAUCGUUGCAGUGCUUGCAGGACUGUUUGCACAUGAGAUUGGGCUGGGAAUCAGUGAGCCGGUGAUUGAAGAGUUCAGACGCGAUGGGGAGGCGGUUGACGGAAUUGGUAUUGUAUCCCGGCCGACUUAUGACCGUCACUCUGGUAAAUUGUACUAUGGAGGGGCAGCUCCGUGGUAGAACUCAUGACGGUUCAGGAGAUUCUCUAAGAACGGUAUCGUUGAGAGAGGAUGCCGACCUGCGAGCAACCGAGGAACCUCGAUCCGGGAUGGCGCCUUCCCCGCGCCGCGCCAUCCCGCCCUCCGCAUUGGGUGACAUCAACGUUGGAUAUGAAGCAUGUGACCGCUACAUCCUCUCCUCUGCUCCCAACGCCGGAGGAAGCGGGUCAAUGCCAUUCGGCCACCGCCCCACUUACUCCAUGGAUACGGACGAGCUGGAUUACCUCGAGAAGCGCG